AGUACAUCUAAUCUCCAAAUCACAAGACCUACAUCAAGAACUAUCUGCAGAACCUGAAGAAGAGCCAUUAUGGUCCACAUGACUGAAAUGUCAUUGCUUUUUGUUCUCUUCAUGGCUUCGUCAGCUUUUGGUCAGGUGAAUAAACCUGGAUCAGGACAAACCAAUGAGACACAAAAUCGGGUAGCUACAAAGCAGUUUGAUUCACAGUGUCCAUGCAGUUGGGUGGGCUUAAAUGGACGCUGCUUCAUCUACUUUUCCCAAUCUUUGGACUGGGCCUCUGCUGAGACUCAUUGUAUGAAUAUGGGUGCUCACUUGAUCUCAUUACACAGUGAUAAUGAAUAUCAGCUGAUGAAGUCUCUCAUUCUUCCUGGCAGUCCUACAUGGCUUGGUCUCAACAACUGUAUGAAGAGGGACAGCUACUUCUGGUCUGAUGGGAGCAAAUAUGACUACAGCAAGUGGAAUAAAGAUGAACCCAAUAAUUUGCCUGGAGAGUGCUGUGUGCACGUGACCUCGAUUGGUCAGAUGGACUGGAAUGAUAUUCCAUGUAGUAGGGUUUAUCCCUUCGUCUGCAGCAAGAAGAUGGCAUGAAACUCUGAAAGCCAAGAAAAACAUUUUUAAAAUGUCAAAUACUGUUGAUAUACAGUUUACAUUGAUACAAACACACUCAUAUGAUCAUAAAUAAAGCAUUAAAAAACA